UUGAAGUGACAGUCUCAUGAUCUCAGACUUCGACAACAAAAGUUACAAGCAAGGACAAACACGUUUUACAAAGAUUAUAAGCUGAAGUGAAGAUGAUUGGGCAAGAUAUACUUGAAAAGAUAAAAGAAUUGUUUUAUAAGGGUUUUAACUACCGUUUAAUCCAUUAUUUGAUCCAGAGAAACCAUAACUGUGACAUAAGUUAUAAUUGCCUAACAAGGAAAGUUCUACCUAGACUUGGUUUGAAAAGGAGGCUUGCAGACAUUGCUUUUGAUGAAAUAUUUGAUAUUGCACAGAGAGAAAUACUGAAUGGAUGUUCAGGUGCUGAAAGUCUAAGAAGAAUUAUAAAAAUGAAACACCAGCUGAAUAUUACCAGGUCCAUAGCAAGAGAUAUAGUUCGUCUUUUGGAUGAAGAUGGGAUAAAGAGAAGGAAGCAGAGAAGACUGAGAAGAAGGCAAUACUUUAGCAAGGUAUAGACCGAAGACUGAAAGAAAAAUUAUGAAACAUUGAUCAUCUCAGUAUUUAUUAAUGUAUUAAUUUCAUAAAUGUGACAAAAUUCAACACUUCAAA